AUGUCUUCCAAAUCCAAGGAGGGUCAGUCAUCAGGUGGCUUCCACCAGGAGUACAUUGCGUCUCUCCGCUAUCGCAAUGAUCUCCCUCCCCCCGACAUGCCCCCCAAGUUCCUUGACAUCCCACAUGAGGGCUUGAGCCGCUUCCUUACCCCCGGUUUCGCCUCAAAUCUGGCACGCCGCGAGGAGCCCAACAUUGAAGUUGAUGCGGAAGGUGGAAUGCCAAUUGACCUUGUCGGUAUUCCGGGGUUACAUUUGGGCGAUGAGAGUGCUAUUAUGGCACCCGAGAAUCCUCAGCCCAUGGACCCCGCUGAUCUUCCCCUUCUCAUGACUAUUGAGCAACUCCGAAACCCUGCCCCAAGGAAUACCAAUGUCAGUUUCCUCCGCCGUACACAGCACAUCGGUGUCGACCGCAGCGCUGGAGAUGGCUCCCGCCCUGCACCCAUUAAAACACAAUCACGCACCGCGAAGAAAGGAAAGCCUCCUGUGGAUGACCCGAAGCAUGUUAAGAAGUUCAUCCAAAAAGGAUUCGAUAUCGCCUACCCCCAAAGCAAGCACACCGGAGAUGACACCGACAGCCAAAUCCGUGGUCUUCCUGCCACAAAGGCAGAACUUGAUGCCUGGGCUAAUCCCAUUCACCCUGAAAACCCGAAGCUGAAGCCAGUCGGUUUCUUCCCUGUGAUGCCUGACCUGGAAGGAUUCCCAGACCCUGGUGGUUACCUUCAAUUCAAGUUCGACAAGGCGCCUUUGCCAGCCAUCGCAGGGAAGCGGGACAGACGUAUGGAUGUUGGUAUUCUGACACCAGUCGCGCCUGAGGAGCGCGUUUGCCAGGAGCAUGAAUCUAAGUUGAAUCUUCACCACACGAACCCUGCUCUCUACCCCCACCCUGGCCCAAUCCCAUAUGACUACCAGCUCUUCCUUCCAGAGAAGCCCCAAUCUGUUAAGAACAUUGACGCAAGCAUGAACCUGUCCAACCCAAACCGAGACAGCGAAGACCUCUACACCAACGAAACCGCCGAUGGCCACAAGUUCCACCGUUAUGAUCGUAUCCGUACCUAUGCCACCAGUGCUCAGGUCUUCAACACGGAACAAAAGGACAUUGCACUGACGCUCUUCAAGCCCAAGGAUGGCGACACCAGACAAUUGGCCGCUUAUUACUAUCCGAUCUCAGGCAAGGCCCGCCUCAAGCCGGAGCGUGCCCGCACCAUUGCGCAGGCUGGACUUGCUCCCACUGCCACUGAAGAGGCGGAGGAAAAGGUUGACCAGAUGCAGGUGGUGAUGCGUGACCCCAACGAAGCUGAAAUCUACAAGCGUGCUUUGACCCGUCUGCGCAUUGAUCCGAAGUUUGCAAGCAAUAUGCCACCGGAGCCUGCUCAGGAAGAGGAACACGCAUUGGAGAACGAGGACGCAGAGAAGCCGGCCGAUGAGGAUACUCACAUGAGCGAUGAUGAGUAG